GUUUACCAGGAGGCGAACCAUCCUAAACCAAUACUUUCUACCUGAGCACUCAACAACCAUCAGAUAGGAACUCACCAGCAUCAAGUUUACAAAUCUUCUUCACUUCCUUAUAUCAUCAUUCACAAAUAUUACUUUACCUUCACCCUUCUAGACUUUUGUAAACCUAAUCUUGAAAUGAAAUUUGGUUAAAAUAUUAAAAAAAUUUCUUAAUGUUGUGUUAGGUUGAGUUCCUUUAUUUACCCAGGUAGGUAGAAGGUGUGUGUAGUGUUUGUGAAUUCCAAGGGUAAGGACGUGAAACUAUGUAAACCAGAAAACAAAAAGAAUAAUAAUGAACUUUAAAAAACGUUCUCUUAUAUUUGUCACUUUUUUCGUGAGUUGUUUCUGUAUCUCUCUGCUUGGAGCAGCACUGGGUACAGAACACUGGGUGGAGGCGGGGUGCAGACGGGAAGGAGAUUUUAGUGAGAAAUCAAAUGGAACUGUUAAUUUUGGAUUGUUCCAAGGAUCCCGACAUCUAAACUCCGGACUCGGAGAUAGAUACUAUCCAAUGAAUAUGCUUCAAAUUCUCUACAGAGAGCGAAGCUUCCUACAAUAUGAGCUGUAUAUCUCUACAAUAGCUCUGGUUUCCGGCGGAAUAUUAUUCGGUAUAUUCGCCUCAUUACUCGCCAUAGUCAAUACAGCGUACAACCCUAUAGAGGCAAUAUGUCACGUUCCAGGUUUGUACCUGACCAAUGGGUUGGCUAUGCUCUCUAGCCUAGCAGCCUUCAUUACCUGGAUGGUUCAGUUCUACACUAAACUUACACACAACGUUCUUAUUCGAGAGGACAGAGAGGAGGGUAGAUGGAGAAGUGAUGGAAUGGCAAUCUACGGAUAUUCAUUUUGGUUAACCGUAAUCGCUACUGUCUGCUACUUAAUCAACAUUGGGAUAAUAUCAUACGCAACCUGGGACCCAGUCGUCAAGAAGAAGACAAAACACUUUGAGAGUUUACCAGCGAAGCAAACCGGAGAUACAAUGCUUUACUGAACCAUGGAGCAUUCAUAUCACAGAGUAACUUUAUAGUAACCAUUAAAUCAUGAAGGAUUUAUAUCAUAGAGUAACCUCAGAGUAAACAUAAACUAUUCUAGUAUUCAUUGCAUCAUGGAGGAUUAAAAUCAUAGAAUUACCAUAGAGUAAACAUAAUAUACUCAUUACAUCCUGAAGGAUUUAUAUUAUAGAACCUUAGAGUAAACAUAAUAUAUUCAUUACAUCAUGAAGGAUUCAUAUUAUAGAACCUUAGAGUAAACAUAAAAUACUCAUUACAUCAUGAAGGAUUUAUAUUAUAGAACCUUAGAGUAAACAUAAUAUACAUACUCAUUACAUCAUGAAGGGUUUAUAUUAUAGAACCUUAGAGUAAACAUAAAAUACUCAUUACAUCAUGAAGGAUUUAUAUUAUAGAACCUUAGAG